AUGAGCUCGUAUGUUGACAUCUCCAGUCUCAGGCAAACAAGCGAGACAACUUCUCCUAACACUAUGUUUAGUUUCGAUCUCUCUGGGCGCAGGUCCAGCCGCUAUGAGGGUGUUAAUGUGAACGGGAUAUUCUCUUGUCCCGUCCCCACGACCUCUGUUGAACGGGAGGAGAUGAAAACUAGCCUGCGUGGCAACACGGAUACUCCUCUCCCGUCAGGACCACAGAUAACCAUGGUCUCCAGUAGCUCGUCUGUGGACGCAAGCGGGCUCAACUACGGCAGCAGCAAGCUGCUGGGACGAGGGGCGGACAGAGACCCGGAGAGGAGCGCAAAAUCCGGCGGCAACAAGAGCCAGGAGAGCGAUAGAAACGCGGAUAACGCGCAAUCGGUGAAACGAAACACAAACGUGAGCCAGCGUCAGGACAGUGAGCAGCGGCCACAGAUUUAUCCAUGGAUGACAAAACUGCACAUGAGCCACGAAUCGGAGGGUAAGCGCUCCAGGACCAGUUACACCCGCUACCAGACUCUGGAGCUGGAGAAAGAGUUUCACUUCAACCGGUACCUGAGCCGCCGCAGGCGCAUAGAGAUCGCCCACACUCUGUGUCUAAACGAGAGGCAGAUCAAAAUCUGGUUCCAGAACAGACGAAUGAAGUGGAAGAAGGACUCAAAGAUCAAAGUGAAGGAGUAGAAGGUGCACCGGUGAAACGGGGUGCAUGCAGCACGUUUUCAGCCCCACACUGCACAGUGCUGGAGUGCCGCCUGACCUUCGGAUGAACUGCUAGGAGCAAUGACAUCAUGACACCGCUCUGUGUGCUUCAUCACCAAUUAUGUGUCACUUGCUGCAGUUUGGGACCUAAUGUAUUGAAUAUCACUCACUUUGAUCAAUCGGUUUACAUUUUUAAAUUAAUUUGCUGCCCAUGCGAUGAUAACCUCACUUUGCUGCACGAAGGGAACAAGAGGUUGAGGGGGAGCUGGGUCCUUCACGCUGCGAGGCUUUGGUCUGCAGUGCACUGAAGAAAAAAAAAAAAAGCUGCACAAUACACCAAUAAUCUAUGUUCUUAAUUAGGAUAGUGGCAGCUGGGCAUAGCCUGCAUCAUUCCCAGCUCUAUAUCAUCAUGUAAUAAAACUUUAAGGUCAGUGAAUCAAAUAAAAGGCAAAAAAAUAAUCAUUCUGACUGCAAAUAGUUCUCCACCAGUUACUUCUCAUCCUCUUUUGUUUUUCUUCUCAAAACUCUCUCCAAUGUGUUGCAGUUAGGAUGUUGUUGAAUGUGUGAUGUGUCCAGUGAGAAAUGUCUUUGUGAGUGGAUUUCAUCCAUGUUGUCUGUCAUAAUCUGUGAAUCUAAAUCAUGAUGUAUACUUCAGUGACUGUAUGUGAAAAUAUUGUAAUGUGCAAUGGAGCUAUUUCUCUUCCCCUUUGUAAACUAAAGGUGCCUGGUUAACACAAGGCCUAGAAUAACUGAUAGAUGGCCUGUUUUGUUGAUUGUAACCAAUAAAGUCUCAUUAACAGUGAGGAGAUUUCCUGUCA